CGAACGUACAGCGGGUAAAGUUAGCCGCGUUAGCCCCUGUGUAUGUAUAAACACACAGUCUACGGUGUCAAAUAACGAGCUUCUUUUUAAUACUAGCUCCUUAACCGAGUUAAAUUGACACACUACAGUUAAUAUCAGCGAUGCUUGGACUUAUAACAAGUGGCUGUGCAGUAACUUAGUACUCGUUUGAGAGGCAGAUCAUCGUAUCGCUAAGAUGCCGAUCCGAGCAUACUGCACAAUUUGUUCCGAUUUCUUUGAUCACUCUAGAGAUGUCGCUGCCAUCCACUGCGGACACACUUUCCACUAUGAAUGCCUUCUGCGGUGGUUUCAAAGUGCCCCCACAAAGACCUGUCCCCAAUGUAGGAAACAGGUCAGCACCAGGCACAUUAUCAGCAAGCUGUUCUUUGACAUCGGUGGAGGGGAGGAGGAGAACACAGCAGACCCAGAAAGCUUACAGAAUGAGCUCGAUCGAAUGAAAGCACUUCUGAGCUCUAAAGAACAUGACUGGCGGGACAAAGAGAAGAUGGUGGCCGGUUUGAAGGACACCGUGGACAAGCAGAAGAGAGACCUGGACAAUGUGCGGAAAGAGAUUACGGAAAAGGAGAUGCUGUGUUCUGCCCUCAGAAAACAGAUGAGCUAUUUAGAGACGCAACAGAAUGAGGUUCACGCUGCCAAGGAGGAGGUCCGGAGACUGAGGAUCAAACUGAAAACGUUUGAAAGCCUGGACGUGUUGUUGCAGGGACAGAGAGCAGAGGUAGAGUCCAUGAUCACAGAUAUGGGUGUCAGUCACGUGGCUGUGGAGCAGCUCUCCAUCUACUGCAUCUCUCUCAAAAAAGAGUAUGAUAAUCUAAAAGGAAACCUGAAGUCCUCAAACGACAUGUGUGAGAAGCUGAAGAGAGAAGUGCUCUCCUCAAAUAACAAGUUACAAAAAGCGACACUGGAGGUGAAUCGGACAAAAGAGGACAUGAAGUCUCUGCAAAAUGACCUGGUCAAUGCAGACAAAGAGAUCAACAGUCUGAAGAAGAAGGUGGAGUUUCUUCAGAAGAGUCUGAGCACGCCAACGCGCACAAACGAAGCUCUCAGCCGGCUCGUCUUUGAAAGCCCGGCCCCGAUGGAGCUGAAGCAGCCGCGCCUCCACCAGCCGGCCGACUGUGAUGACAUUGAUCUCAACAUGACGUAUGACAUCACUACCCCAGACGACGUGGCCAAGAAACCAACGCAGGUCCAUUCAAAGAAGAUGCGCCUUGACCCGUCUUUAAAAUCUGUGUCCAAACACAAUGAGAAAUCCUCAUCUUCAAGCAAGGCUGAAGAUGGAGAUUCAGCCAUGGAUCCUUUUUUUAGAAACUCCCUCCUCUUCAGAAAGAAAACUUUUGGCAGCAUGUUGGAUCCUCACAGGAAGCCAGGAGCCAUCAAAACUGGCUAUGAUGGAUUAGGAGGACGAACUAAAUUCAUCCAACCUUCUCCUUUGUCAGAGAUUCGGCCGCUGAUGAAGGCUAAAAGGAAAAAAGUGACCCGGCCUCCAUCAAAGAUCGCACCUUGCCUGACUCUGGACGACUUCCUCGAAUGAAUGUUUUGUCGUUAAAUGUUGGGAAUUGAAAGCGUGAAGAAUCGCGUUUGGUGCCGCUGUGGGACAGAGAACUCGUCGAGCAGCGGUUCUGCCUCUCAGGAACCAAACAUCCUUUAAAGGAACUAUUAUUUAAAAUCAAUCCUCCCACAGUCCAGACCACGAGUCUCGACUUUUCGGUGACAUCAACAAACCUGCUGAACCUUUAUUUUUGUGUUGACGUGAGCAUGUUUGUGGACCCGACCAGCCUUUUGCAAGGAGCAUUCUCCUGAACAUGUGUUGGUGUUUGUUUAUGCUUGUAUAUGAGAGAGAAACCAGUUUAUUUGCCACUGACUUGUCCUGUGUGAUUGUCACAGAUGUGUCUGUUCUCCAUGCGCAGAAAAAUAAGCAGUUAUUCCUCAAACCUGUCUCCGCAUAUUGACCUACGUGUAGCUAUACUGUAGGUGUUUUACUUUCAGUGGUCCAGAUGUAAACCAGCACGCAAAUAAUAAACAAUAUUUUUUUUUAUUAA